UCAUCGGGCUGGAGCUAUCUUCAUUCGAGUCACCGAUGGUCCGUACUUUGGGUACACAUCGUGGUCUGGUUGAGUGCCAAUAAAGGUUGUUGGUGGAGUGUGGAGUGCACGCUGACUGCGCGCGGGUUCGAUAACAGGUGGUUUUCUCGUCUUCGUGGUGUAAUUGGUAGUGGGACGCAUUGGCACAGUCGAGGUCGGGUCAAUCCGAGGUGAUGGAAGUAGGCAACACGAAGAUGUCGCAGGAUCUGACUGCGUCUGCCGUGAAGGAUCUGGAGGAUGUAUUCAAGAUGCUUGAUAGAAAUGGUGACGGGAAGAUCUCGAAAACGGAGUUGGGCGCGGUGCUCGGGUCGCUUGGAGAGAUCUUAACCGACCCCGAGCUGGAGCAAAUGAUAAGGGAGGUGGAUGUCGACGGGGAUGGAGGAAUCGACCUCCAGGAGUUUAUUAAACUGAACGCCGAGUGUGUGGAUGCGAAGAGAUUGACCGCGGAAGGAGAGGCUGAUUCCCAUAUCGAAGAGGCUCUUCAAUCGGCAUUCAAUGUAUUCGAUUCUGAUAACGAUGGGUUCAUCUCCGCGGGUGAACUUCACAGGGUGUUGUCAAGCCUCGGUGACGAUAACAUUUCCUUGGAUGAUUGUCGAUACAUGAUUAGUUGCGUCGACGCGGACGGCGAUCAGUUGGUUGAUUUUAAAGAGUUUCGGAAGUUGAUGAAUGGUCACGUCACUCAAUAACAGCUUUGUUAUUCAGUACAGAAGCGUGAGCCUAGUUCAGAUUAGUUUUUAAACAACGGAAUUCUGGGUUUGAUUUUCUUUUUAACACAUUUUACAAUUUUGUGGAUUCUGAACUGGAUAUCUGGACCAGAUUGUGAAUUAGGACAUGUGGUCAUAGAUAGUCUGCUUCCAAAGGCUUUGUGUCUGAUAGAGAGCCACUGAUUUUGAGUGAUCACCUACUACUCUGGAUGAACUUGAUUGUCGCUUAGCCUGAAGAGUGUAGAGGGUCUUACAAGCAAGCUUUUGAAAUGUAACAUUUUUAUGGAGAAUAAUGCAACAAAUCCGGUUUCAACACAGACAA